AUGCCAUUCUCCCACCACAGCCACUCGGGCCAAUUCUGCCCUGGCCACGCCAAAAACACCCUUGAAGAGGUCAUCCAAACAGCCAUCGCCAAGAACUUCAAGGUCUUCUGCCUGACAGAGCACAUGCCCAGGACCCAAGAGGAUUUAUAUCCAGAGGAGAUCGAAGCCGGCGACACCUACUCAGGCAUGCUCGCCAACGAAGCAGCCUACUACGAAGAAGCCCUGCGCCUACGCGAGAAGUACGCCUCGCAAAUCAAAAUCCUAAUCGGCUUUGAAAUUGAAUGGAUUCGUCCCGUUUCGUCUACAUUAGUCCAGGACUCACUGUCGCGUUACCCAUUCGAGUUCUUCGUCGGCUCCGUGCACCACAUGCACACGGAACCGAUUGACUACGACCGUCCUAUGUACGAGCGUGCUCGUGAGAAGGCGGGUGAUACUGAUGAGCGGUUGUUUGAGGAUUACUUCGAUGCGCAGUAUGAGAUGCUGAAGGAACUGAAGCCGUUGGUGGUGGGGCAUUUCGAUCUGAUUCGGUUGAAGAGUGAUGACCCUGAGCGCAGCUUUCGGCAGUGGAAGGGUGUUUGGGAGAGGAUUAUGCGGAAUCUGGAGUUCGUAGCUGGGUAUGGGGGGAUGUUGGAGUUGAAUUCGGCGGCGUUGAGGAAGGGGAUGAGUGAGCCUUAUCCUAAAGGGGAGAUUUGCAAGGAAUUCCUCUCACUCGGCGGCCGCUUCUGCCUCUCCGAUGAUAGUCACGGCAUCGACCAGGUCGGAUUGAAUUUCCACCGGGUCCUCGACUUUAUCGAAACCGUUGGUAUCUCAACCCUGCACUACUUGCAGCUGUCAGAGACCGAUACGGAUACUGCAUCUAGCGCCGAUGACCGAUUCCCCCGGACGCAGGUUGCUUCGAUUGGCGUUGCUGAUGCCAGAGCGUUGUGGACUUAA